AUGGUGCCGUUGGAAAUCAAGGUCACACUGAUGUGCGAGAUCAGGGUAGAUUCCGGUGUCAUUUCAGUUCCAGAUGUCGCCGGCAACCUUGGGGAUGGGGUCGCAGGUGGCAACGUCGACUUUCUGGACCUCAAGGAAGGCGGGGACGCCGUCGCACGACUUGGAAUCGAUAACGUUGGAGCGCAUGUACUCGCCGAAGAUAUGGUCAGAGCCAUCAGUGAUCUCAGGAGCCAAUACGCAGGAGUUGUUCGCGCUGAAGACGUCCUCGAAGGUAACAAGAUGGCGUUGUCACUGGGGCCGGCCUCGUUGUGGUUGACAGCCUCCCAGGCGGUGACCUCGUCUGCAUCAUGA